CUCACCACAAACACAACACACAUUCAUAACAGAGGAGAGAGAGAGAAGAAAAAUAGAUUCUUCUAUACUUCCAACGCAGUAAAACGUAUUCCGCGUGACUACUUUCCUGUCUCCCUCUCUGUCUCUCUGCGUGUGUUUAUAUGAGAGACAGUGUAUGUUGUUAGAGAGAGAGAGAGAGAGAGAGAGAGAGCGGCAGAUGAUGAGGGAUGGAGAAUCAUCAUCAGGAGGAGGAGGAGGAGGAGGUGGGAGGAGGAAGCCGUCGUGGAGGGAGAGAGAGAACAACAGGAGGAGAGAGAGGAGGAGGAGAGCUGUAGCCGCCAACAUUUAUGCGGGCCUAAGGUCUCAGGGCAAUUACAACCUUCCCAAACACUGCGACAACAACGAGGUCUUGAAAGCUCUCUGUCUAGAAGCUGGUUGGACUGUCGAACCUGAUGGCACCACGUAUCGCAAGGGAUGUAAGCCACCUCAAGCUGAGAUUGGAGGCACUUCAACCAACAUAACCCCAUGCUCUUCCCAAAAACCUAGUCCACCAUCUUCAUCCUUUCCAAGCCCUAUUCCUUCUUACCAACCCAGUCCCUCAUCCUCUUCUUUCGCAAGCCCUUCCCGCUUUGAUGCCACAUCAUCAUCUCAUAUGUUUGCUUUUCUUCGGAAUUCCAUGCCAUCGUCUCUCCCUCCCAUCCGAAUCUCAAACAGUGCCCCUGUAACCCCACCUCUCUCAUCCCCAACCUCUAGACCUCCCAAACAAAAACCCAAUUGGGAAUUUCUUGCCAAAGAAUCUAUGGCCUCCUUGAAUAAUAAUUACCCAUUUUUUGCUGCUUCUGCCCCAGCUAGCCCAACUCGAUGUCAACGUAUUGCUCCAGCCACCAUACCUGAAUGCGAUGAGUCUGACACAUCCACCAUUGAUUCAGCCCAGUGGAUGAGCUUUCAAAAAUUUGCGCCAACUAUGGUCCCAACCUCCCCAACCUAUAAUCUUGUGAGACCUGUGGCUCAACGAGGUUCUCUAAUGGAUGCAAUGAUAGAGAAGGGGAAAGGCCAGGAAUUUGUGUUUGAAAGCGUCCCAGUGAAGCCAUGGGAAGGGGAGAAGAUACAUGAGGUGAGAUUGGAUGAUCUAGAGCUCACUCUUGGAAGUGGGAAAACUGGAAAUUAGGUUACUACUAAUCAAUGGCCUGAAUUGUGUGUGUAACUGGAACAGAAUUGGUGCUUCUUUCGCUGGUUUGAAACACAGCCAUUGUGUGGAAAUAUUAACCUUCCUUUCAGAGUUAGUUGCUGUUGUAAAAUGCAGCUCUUGAACCAAAUUUGGUUCUUGGGGGGAACUGCAUUUUCAUGUGCUCUUUUCCUUCUUUAGCCUUUUCCUUUCUUACAUGUAGAUAUUGUGAGUUUCUUUCCAUUGGGAUCAAGAUUUUUUUUUCCUCGUAUGUAGACUCUUUUGUGGGAAAACUCCCACAAAAUAAAAAUAUUUGAAGGUAGCUUGUCUUGAUGAUAGAUGCAUCUUUGUUGAAGGGCAAAGUCCUUGCUCC